GUUGUUCAUCAGUGGGUGGGUGCAGCUCGCUUUGGCUUUUUCACAUUCUUACGCUCUGUUUAUUCCUCAGAUGAAAGCAGCUGCCGCGCAGCGUGGCACGCCAAAUGGUUUAACGUUCGAUUUUUUGAAUUUGAAAUAUUUUGAAUCGCUCUGCGCCUGAAUCGGAAUGCAGACCGUUUGAAUUGAAAAGAUAACGGAAUAAAUAUCUGAGCGGUGGUUUGGCGGCAGAAUUUUCAGUUGGAUACAAUUUUGACCACUUGCUUGCAAAGACAUCCGACUCAAUGCAGGCAAAUGAUUUUAUAUAUCAGGAACUGUGAGCGGUAGAUCAGAGCACAGACGACGUUCUUCUAAAUACGGCUGCAAUUUGAUCUGAUAUGAGGUGCUAAAGGAAGAUCUUUGGUUUUUCGGAAACCAAAACUACACUUGAAUUGUGUCAAAGCAAAUCUAACCCUGCGCUAGGACUGGCAAUCGAUUGAUGGAGAAUCAUAAAGCUUGGCAUUUCUGAAUCAAAUCUUUGAAAUUGUGAUACGUCUCGCCUUUAUAUCACACUUAUCAUUCAACACGGUGUGUUUAUAGUGUUGUGAUAUUGUGCUUUGGCGGAACGGACUGUUGCUGAAAGUCACUAUUCCUUGCUUGUUGUUAUUAUUAUUCGGAAAGCGCAAAGUUUGACGUGCGCGCGGUUCGAUCAUGGGCUGCACGGUGAGCGCAGAGGACAAGGCGGCCGCCGAAAGAUCAAAGAUGAUCGACAAAAACCUGCGCGAGGAUGGAGAGAAGGCGGCGCGCGAGGUGAAACUGCUCCUGCUCGGUGCUGGCGAAUCAGGGAAGAGCACCAUUGUCAAACAGAUGAAGAUCAUCCAUGAAGAUGGUUACUCAGAAGACGAGUGUAAGCAGUACAGAGCCGUCGUCUACAGCAACACCAUCCAGUCCAUAAUGGCCAUUAUUAAAGCAAUGAGCAACCUCAAGAUAGACUAUGGAGAGACCGCAAGAGUGGACGACGCACGACAGCUGUUUGCACUGUCUGCCGCAGCUGAGGAGCAGGGAAUCUUAACCGAUGAUCUGGCUAAAGUGAUUCGCAGACUGUGGGGUGACAGCGGGGUGCAGGGCUGUUUCACCCGCUCCAGAGAAUAUCAACUCAACGACUCUGCUGCAUAUUAUCUGAAUGAUCUGGACAGGAUAGCGCGGGCGGACUACAUUCCCACCCAGCAGGACGUUUUGAGGACCAGAGUGAAAACCACUGGGAUCGUGGAGACUCAUUUCACUUUUAAAGAUCUGCACUUCAAGAUGUUUGAUGUUGGGGGUCAGCGAUCGGAGAGGAAGAAAUGGAUCCAUUGCUUUGAAGGAGUCACAGCCAUCAUCUUCUGUGUGGCCUUGAGCGCUUAUGACCUGGUGCUGGCAGAAGAUGAGGAGAUGAAUCGCAUGCAUGAGAGCAUGAAGCUGUUUGACUCCAUCUGUAACAACAAGUGGUUCACAGAGACCUCCAUCAUCCUCUUCCUCAAUAAGAAGGAUCUGUUUGAAGAGAAGAUAACGCACAGCCCUCUCAACAUCUGCUUCCCUGAAUAUUCAGGAGCCAACAAAUAUGACGAGGCUGCUAGUUACAUCCAGACCAAAUUUGAGGAUCUCAACAAGAAAAAGGACACAAAGGAAAUCUACACCCACUUCACCUGCGCUACUGACACUAAGAACGUGCAGUUUGUGUUUGACGCAGUCACCGACGUCAUCAUUAAAAACAACCUGAAGGAUUGCGGCCUUUUUUAAUGAGGAGAAUAAUGAGGAAGGUGUAAACUACUUGGUGGACCUGGUCAGUGGGUUAUACACAAAAUGCUUGACUGCCUAGUAUAUGAAUUGUAAUGUUUUUUUUUGUUUGUUUUUUUUUAUGUGAUAAUGUGAAAGACUUGUGAACAAGGAAAAGAGAAACGUCACCAUUUCCAUCACACCAUCCUUCUUCCCUGAACCUCAUUUUAAAUUGGUUCUCAAUUUGUAAAUAUUUAAUUUUGAGUUAUUUUCUGCCUAAAAAGAAAAUGAGACGAGUCAGGAUUAUAUUCUGAUAUUUGUUUUUGUUUUGGACAGGUUAAAAACUGGGUGGGUGAGGACUUUGCUAUAAAUGCAUUCACUUCGUUUAUGGAUGUGCUGAUUUUAUUAAACUUGAUGGCAAAAUGCUUAUUUUGUAAAGUUAAUGUGAGCACAGAGACCACAGAAUUUCACUUUUGUAAAACUUUAGCACCGAAUACUCAUCCCUGGCUCUAACUGUAUGUUGUUGCAUGACAGAUCAUAUAAAAUUGCUCGCACGUGCCAGACCACAACAUAACAUGCCUACGGCCACUGAAAUGUCUUGACACAUUCUACUAGCUUGACUUUGACUAACAUGUGAAAUAUUUAUAUCUGUCCACACAUUUCUUGUUUGUUGUUGCUGUAUCAUUCCUUCUUUUGCUUGAUGUCUGUGCCUUCACUGUCUGUAGAACAUUAUAGGGCUGGUUUUAUUCACGCUAUCAAAGUGUAAAAGUGGCGGGAACAUUUUAAGAGCUAAAUAAAACUUAAACAGACUUGGGUUAAUAUCUCUAUACCAUAAAAUAUUUCCUUGAAAAUAAAAGUUGAUAUGUAAGAUAAAACUUUUG